CUUAGUUUGGUGUUAUCCUAGUCUUUUUCUCUUUAAAUAACUAUCUAUAUAAAUUAUAUAAUUAUUAUAUUUUAUGAAAGUUUUACAAUAUUUAUAUUUAUUAAAUUGAUUAUUUUAGUUACUAUAAUUGAAAAAUUAAAUAAGUUUUUAUUUUUUAAUAAAUAUUGUUAUAUAUUAUUUUAUUUUUUUUAUUUGUAACAAAUUAAAUCAGAUACCUUGCUAAAAUAUAAAUUCCAGAUAUACAUAUACAUGUAGCUACAAAUCAGAUUUGUAAUUGAUUAUUUAGACAAAAUGGAUUGAAUUAUCUCCAAAAUUUCGGACUUGUAUCCAUAUCUACAUAGACUAAGUGCAGCCUUGGUGGUAAGUUCUUAAAAAAAAUAGUUUUUAAAUGCUAAAUGACUUUUCAUUUUUAUUUUAAAAUUUAAACCAACAAUGUGGUGACAGUUGUUACAAUGCAUAUCUGAGAGGUUUGCUAAUGAAAACUUUUCUUAACAUCUUACAUUUUUGCUCACAUCUUUAUUGUUAUUUUAAUUUUUUUUAAUAGCAGAUACUCCCUCUAGAUCUCCCAGAUAAACAUGCUGUAAGUUACGAUUUUUAUAUUUUCCUACAAUAAAUAUUCAUUAAAAUUACAAUAAAUUAAUCUAGAUUUUUUGUGUUAUUCACUAGGUUUAAGUUGACCACCCAAUUCACGCCUCCAAGACAGAAGAGUAUUAUCUGCUUACGAAAUUUUUUGGGGGGAUAAAAUAGAAAUGAAGUACCUACCGAAUAAUUGAAUCAAUCACGUACUCCCUACGUUACGUACUAAUAUGUUCACGGUUCCAUCGAGAUUGGAAGUAAGAAAAUAAAUUUUAGUCAUGAGUCAUGACAAUGGUUGAAAUAUCUUUAUCGAGAGCAACCUCGAAAAUUAAUAAUAUCUAAAGCAUAAAAUACUGUUAAUUUAAUAUUGUUCAUUAAAUCAUUUUAAUUUUUUUGUUUCUAGAAAAAAAAAAGAAAACUAUUUACAAAUUAACAAAUGGCUAGUAAGAGCACCUCGAUUAGUUACAUACCCUAUAUAGUAUCUAAAUAAAUAUUAUACUCUUAUAUGUAUAAUAAUUUAAUUAUUCAAUUAAAUUUGUAAAAAUAUAAGAAAACUACUAAUUAUCAUGUGACAUAUGUCAAAGGGGUCUAAAAACUUUUUUUUAGAAAUCUGAAAAGAGAACUUUCUCUGCACAAAUUAUAUCUCUUUCUUCAUUUCUUAAUAAAUUUUAUUUUUAAAUUGUUAGAUAUCCCUUUUAAAUACUAUCAAUAAGCUUGCCCUAGAUCCUAAAGAAUAUCUCAGAGGUUAUAUAGUAAAAAAAAAAAAAAAAUCAACUUUCCUCUUUUUUUCUUUUUAUUAAUAAAAUUUAAAAGUAUUCUAUUUCGAAUCUACGAGAGGGAGAUGAUCUGUAUCAAAUCCUUUGUUGUUUUUAUUUGAGAAAUUUCCUCUUUAUCAAAUGAAAAUCUACAAUUUAAUUACAUCAUCAUAUGUACGAAUUUUUUACCUUCUUAUAAAUGAAGUUCUGCAGUCUACAACUAUAUCCUGGUGAACAAUAUAACAUGUUAGAGUUAUCAAAAAGCUAUAAAACUUGCUAAAAAAAGUGUAUUUCCGAGGGUAAAAUCCAUGAUAUGGCAUAGAAACAUUGAUCAUUUACCUAGCCAACCCCCAAACGAAAAAAUUCUUCACGUUAAAUAAUUCAUUGUGUCAAAAGAAUAUUUUGUAAGCUGUAUAAGGAUUGCGUAAUUGUCUUAUGGUGAACAAAAAUUAAGUAACUUAUUUGCUUAUAUAUAUUCAAUUACAAGGGAUAUUCCCGUUAAUGCUACCCCACUGUUUAUUAUUGCCACGUUAAUAUGCAUCGUUUAGUUGCAUAAGAAAUUGUUUAGACGAAUAAUGUCUAUGAUAUACUUUAAAUCAAAUUCUGAUGAGUGUCGGAAAUGAAUUCUAAAACAAAUCCAUGUGGAUUUUGCAAUAUUUUUUAAAAAUAAAUAUUAUCAUACUAAUCAGUAAAGAUAGAGUUAAAAAUAAACUUGAAAAACCCAAACAAUUGAUAUUAAAAUUGAAAUGACAAAAAUCUACAAAAAGUUAAAUACUCUUCAUGUUCGAGGAGCUUUACAUGGAUGGAAAGAGAAACUAUAUGGCAGAAACCAAUCAAAAGAUCUUUGAUGUUCGGUUGUAGGAGUAGCAUCCUCGAGAUGAUCUCGCAACUAAGAGUACCGACGAGUUAUAUCGACAGCUUCUUACUAAUGGUGAUACAAAGAUUAGAUGAUAAUUCGUAAUGAUCUUGUAAAAAAUUAGGUGGAGAAUUCUUAAUGGUGUUGCAAAGAUUAAGUGGAUAAUUCUGUUGGUGUGUAUUGAUAUAAUAUGUGUGCCAUGUUCUGUUGAAGGUUGAAGACCAAGAGUUUGUAUGGUAUUUGGUUUGAGAUAAUGAUUGUUAAAAUUUCUAUCAAGGUUCACAAUCAAAAGUUUAAUUAGACAAAAAAAAUUAGAAUGUACGUAAUUUAAUAAUUUUAGUAUCUUGCUCUGGGAGGUUCGGCUUGGCUAAUUAGUACGAAAUUGUAAUUCUUAUCUGCAGUAAUCUCAUUCAAUCAUAUUUGAUUUGUUGAAAGAUAAAUAUUUGAAAAAAAAAAAAAAGAUAAAUAUUUGGUUAGUUACAAAUACUUACAUUCGUAAUAACUGCCAAAAAUCAUUUAUUUGAUCUUCGUAGAAGUCAUAUCCAUAUACAAUCAUGAUCAAUGUGGUCUCGUCAACAAACCCUCGGUCUUUUUCACAAUGACUGCACAUUUUAUUUGAUUUUAUAACUGAACCAUUCGUCACACAAUGCUACCAGACUCCUAAAGCCUCUUCAUCUCAAGUCCUCAUUUUCAUAUUAUAACCUUAACAAAUUAUUGUCUCUGAAUUAUUCAAAAGUCUUCGUUCCCCUGUUUAUUUAUAAAUAAUAUAUUAUUGCAGCUUUCACUUGUUUGUCUUUGGUAUAUUCUCUUUGCAAAGAUUAAAUAACAGUCUUGUGUAUAUGAAUCUUGUUUUAUUAAUAAUAAAAUACCUUGUUUUAUUUUAAGUUUUAACAUGUGUAUAUAUAUGGACAUAACAGGAACAAAAGCCAUAUCACUUUAUCUCUCUGCUUUUCCCCUUAUCUACAAAACUUGUGAAUCCCUUUAAAAGCUGAUCAGAAAGUUAAAAGUGUUUUGAGAAGUUAAAGUCAUGGCAAUAAAAGAUAGAUCAUUGGAAGAGACACCAACAUGGGCUCUUGCUGUUGUUUGCUUCGUUAUUCUUUUCAUCUCUAUCAUGAUCGAAUAUUUCUUACACUUUAUUGGUCACUGGUUUAAAAGGAAGCACAAGAAGGCUUUAUAUGAAGCUCUUGAAAAGGUUAAAGCAGAAUUGAUGCUACUGGGAUUCAUAUCGCUUCUACUUGUUGUAUUGCAAUCACCAGUCUCCCAAAUUUGUAUCCCAGAAAGAAUUGCUGCGACUUGGCAUCCUUGUAGUAGAGAACAAGAGCUCGCUAAAUAUGGUAAAGAUUAUAUUGACGAUGGUCGUGAGGUUCUUGAAGACUAUGACUUCAACAACUUCUAUAGCCCUCGUCGAAGUUUAGCCACCAAGGGUUAUGACAAAUGCGCAGAAAAGGGGAAAGUAGCAUUAGUAUCUGCGUAUGGUAUCCACCAAUUGCAUAUAUUCAUCUUCGUGCUCGCUGUUUUUCAUAUUCUCUACUGUAUUAUAACCUAUGCUUUGGGGAAAACCAAGAUGAAGAAAUGGAAAUCAUGGGAAAGAGAGACCAAAACAAUUGAAUACCAAUAUGCCAAUGAUCCAGAGAGGUUCAGAUUUGCAAGAGAUACAUCAUUUGGACGUAGACAUUUGAAUAUAUGGAGCAAGUCUUCCUUUACCCUCUGGAUUACAUGUUUCUUCAGACAGUUCUUUGGAUCAGUGACAAAAGUGGAUUAUCUUACACUAAGACAUGGCUUUAUAAUGGCGCAUAUGCCAGCAGGAAGUGAAGCUCGUUUCGAUUUCCAAAAGUACAUUCAAAGAUCUCUGGAAGAAGAUUUCAAGGCUGUUGUCGGUAUAAGCCCGGUGAUAUGGUGCAUUGCUGUCUUAUUCAUACUGACUAAUACACAUGGAUCGGAAUCCUAUUUUUGGCUGCCUUUCAUCCCUUUGUUUGUGAUAUUAAUAGUAGGAGCAAAACUUCAAGUGAUAAUAUCGAAAUUAGGAUUGAGGAUUCAAGAUAAAGGAGAUGUGGUUAAAGGAGCUCCUGUGGUUGAACCGGGUGAUGAUCUCUUUUGGUUUGGUCGUCCUCGUUUCAUUCUCUUCCUCAUUCAUUUGGUUCUUUUCACGAAUGCAUUUCAACUGGCUUUCUUCGUUUGGAGCACUUACGAGUUCACACUCAAGAACUGCUUCCACCACAAAACCGUAGAUAUUGCACUCAGGAUCACCAUGGGGGUAUUGAUACAAGUUGUAUGCAGCUACAUCACUCUACCUCUGUAUGCUCUUGUGACUCAGAUGGGAACUUCAAUGAGGCCGACCAUAUUCAAUGACAGGGUAGCCAAUGCAUUGAAAAAAUGGCACAAGACAGCCAAGAAACAAUCCAAACAUGGAACCUCAGGGUCCAACACACCUCACUCUAGCCGCCCGGCCACGCCAACACAUGGCAUGUCACCUAUGCAUCUCCUCCACAGUCAUAAUCGCAGCCUUGAUUAUCAAACCAGCUUCACUGCCUCUUCUUCUCCUCCUAGAUUCUCUGAUUUUGGUGGCCAUGGCCAUGGACAUCAGCAUUUCUUUGAUCCUGAAUCUCAAAAUGUCUCUCCCCACCUUGAGAUUGCAGAAUCUGAUAUCAGCAACAGUCAGCAUCCGCAUGCUGACAUAGCUAGUCAGCAUCCGCAUGCUGAAGUAACUAGUCCUGUUAAAGAAGAGAAAGAGACUACUGAGCAUGUCAAGAUUGAUUUGCCAGAGUUUACUUUUAAGAAGUGAUAUUAGUUCUAUACUUGUUGAUCAUUCUUUGUAAAUGGUAUAAACUUUGAAAUGAACACUUCUCGUUCUUUUUUCUUCUUUAUUUUUUGCUGUCAGCACACGUUUUAUGAUAUCAAAUAAUUUUCAAUGGCAUCUCUCUCAUCAAAUUUGCUUUUGUUUUGUUCCAAAACAUACAGUUGUGGACAAGCGUUUUGAAGCAGAGCAAAAGGUUCUUGGUGUCACGAAUAUGAUGAUGCUUGUAAUAGUAACAUAUACUCAUAUCUCAUUACAUCUGUGACAAUAAUUGUUUGAUAGUAUUAGACAUGGAGCCAAAUCUUCUUUUUUUUUGGUCGAAGGAGCCAAAUCUAUACACUCGAAUCUUG